AAAUCAUGGGUUCCCGCCAGAAAACGAGAAAAGAAUUCAAUUCCACUUCAUUUUCUCUGGGGCUCCUAUUUUGGAGUUUUUGAGUUAGUUGGUGAGAAGGAAUUUUGAGGGAGAUGGAGGAAGCGAAAGAAGCAGGAUCUUCACUGGAGUGUCUGAUGACGUCCUUCAACAAUCGGAUAGCCCAGCUCCAACAGCUCCUUAUCGCUCGUAACAUGUACCCAGCAAGCAACAUCAGCGAUUUAACCGCAAUCGAUGCAGCAUUGAAGGGCAUGGAGCUUCAGGUUCACAAAAUCAAAGACCGCUUGCGCGAAGAACGCCAAGCUAUCCCCAAAGCCGAAAAACUGAUAAAGGCAUCAUUGAGGCAACAGAAGAUAUUGAAGGGUAUAUCUGCUUGUGUUCCGGCUUAUUUGCCUGAAAUGAUGACUAGCAGAAACCAGAUUGCUCAAAAUUGUGUCCCCAGUGUACCGCCACAGUGCCAAGACUAUCAAAGUAUUGAGUCUUUGAAACUUGAGGAGCCUGCUGCACCCAAAGAGAAAAAGGGACGUGCAUCUGCACCGCUUUGGUAUAUUACUGCAGAUGAAUUGACUUCCUUGCCACAGUACAUGAAAGGAAGGCUCACACUGGACAAGGUUAAUGCUGCCAUUAAUGACAUGGCAGCCUAUGCUGAUGCCAAUGCCCAACUUAUAGCAGCACCACGGAAGAAGCUGAAUGAGAGUACCUUGGAAAGAGCUUUGGAACUAAGGGAGAUUGCAACGUCAGAGGUUAACAAAGGAAAACACUUCUUCCUCGAAACUGAUAUCAAGGGGCCUACAUUGAAGUUUGACACUACAGGAAAAGGAAUAUUGACUGUCCUUCGACAUCUUGGUCGCAUUACCGAAGACAGAAUUGGGCAUCAUCGUGUAAUCAUUCUUUUGAGGCCUCAGUAGAUUGCAGCACUUAGAUUUGCUUAUUUUGAACUGGAAUUCUUCACCUUACUAGCACGUCAUAAGGCCAGCAGAAGCCAUGGAAUUUGGAUUGAACAAUAUUUUAACGUUUAUCCUUUAUCAAAAUUGAGUAUUCUCUGA